AUGACGGAUUUAGAGGCCCCUGAUAGCAGCAGGUGCCUCACAGUUCUUCCAGGCUUCAUGGUCCUGAGCGCCAGAAUGACGGUAAUGGUCUUGGCCAAAACUGGAAACAGCCACACACUGAAAGCCCGUGUUGCUCAUGUCCAUACCCACUGCCCCCUACUGGCCACAGGAGAGCCAGCAUCCCAGCGCCACUCCCAGAAACUCCAAAGGACUGCUCAUGCGCUCCUCCCUGAAUGUGGGCUUCUACAGGGCCCGCCCCUGUUGCCAUCAAACAAUGGGGAAGCAACACGUGACCAUACAGGCUCCAUGGCCAAUAGAAGGACGUGGGUGUGGAUACUCACAGCUCCUCCCAUCAGCGCCUCGGACGCCAUUGUCUUGGCCUCGGAAAUGUCCCUGAGGGCUAGGGUCUUGCCCAGGCAUCACGCUGGUGACGAGGACACCAUGCCCAGGUUUCUGCAGUGUGCUGUGGACUUGCAGGAGGGGGCGGACUCUGCUCAGAGGCUGCACCUACAGCAGGCAGAGCUCCCACAAGGUGUCAUCUAUUUGAAAACUAUGCAAGGAGUUGUAACCAGCAUCUGUAGUGAUUAUGCCUUGAUCAAUGAGUCGAUCUACUUCAGUUGUGAUGUUGUCACCGGUAAUAUCCCUCUAAAAGUGGGACAGAAAGUUACAGCAGUAUUGGAAAAAGGAGAAGCAUCCCAUGAAUUUAAAGCAAUCAGAGUGGAUGUUCUCGUUGAGGAUAUUGAUGACUCUAGACCAGCAAACAUUGAAACCAGAGUUAUAACUGCUCGUGUUACCUCUGUGAUUGCAAAUAUUGUCUGCAUUGAUGAGGAAAUUUAUUUCUCCCUAGACAUUGUUUCUGAAGAUUUUAUGCCUUACAACGGUGACUGGGUAGAAGUUGAGUAUUCAACCCUCCCCUGCCCGUGUAACAUCAAGGUUCAUUCAGCAAAGCCCUUGUUCUGUAAACGUCUGGAGGAGGUCUGCAUCACCAGCCUACAGGGAAGAAAUGGGGUGAUAGACAAUAGUAUCUUCUUCACCAUGGAUUCCCACAAACUUCCUGAUGGAUACAGUCCCCAAAAAUAUGACAUUGUUGAUAUUGUCGUAGUGGGGAGUAUUCAAUCAUGCUAUGUUUGGAGAGCAAUUUCUAUGAGCCCAGUCUCAAAUUUGUCAUAA